CAAGAGGCAGAAGUUGUACGCAAAGUGGCUGGUUAGGCGAUGGAAGCGAAGCCACGGCGAAUCUCCCACCAUUUCAUUCGUUCCCGUCUCAGCGGCCCCCUCGUUUGACCCUUCUUUCCUUCCUUCCCUAAAAUAAUAAAAUCCGCCUCCCAAACACCAAACCCGCCAUUUUCCACCACCGUUUUAACAAUGCCAAAGUUCCAUCUCCAAUUCAAAAAUUCCCUCCCCGACCACCAACGUCGCCACCCAUUGCCCUCUAAUUCAAAUUUACUAGUCCCCGGUGGUUUAUUCAUCGACCCCAACUUUUCCCCUUCUUUCCUCGGCUUCAUUUCCCCAUUUAAAGAUUUUUCGGCUUCCAAAAAACCGGCUUGCUUUGCUCGGAGGCAAAAGCCGGAGUCGAUUGCGGUUAAGGACUUAUUUUUUUUGUCUGUUAGCUUGAGCAACGAUGGGCUUGUUUCAGAACCGAAGGAAUUUCUCCUACAAAACGGAGUAAAAAGGAAGAGCAAUGGGGAAGUAGCUGUAGCCAAACGGAAUGUUAGGGUAACGCGAAGUGGCGCUGUCAAUACUACCAAGCAUUUGUGGGCUGGAGCUAUCGCUGCCAUGGUUUCAAGAACAUUUGUUGCUCCGCUAGAGAGAUUAAAGCUUGAAUACAUAGUUCGUGGUGAACAAAAGAAUAUAUUUGAGCUUGUUAAGAAGAUUGCUGUGACGCAAGGAUUAUUUGGAUUUUGGAAAGGGAACUUGAUUAAUAUUCUUCGCACGGCUCCUUUUAAAGCUGUGAAUUUUUAUGCUUACGAUACGUAUAGGAAGCAAUUGCUUAGAUUGUCUGGAAAUGAGGAAACCACAAAUUCUGAGAGGUUUGUUGCUGGCGCUGCAGCUGGCAUUACCGCCACUGUACUCUGCUUACCACUUGACACUAUCCGAACUAAGAUAGUGGCACCAGGUGGGGAAGCCUUAGGCGGUGUCAUUGGUGCAUUUCGCCACAUGGUCCAAACUGAAGGAUUCUUUGCACUCUACAAAGGUCUAGUGCCUUCUAUUGUAAGCAUGGCACCUUCAGCUGCAGUGUUCUAUAGUGUGUAUGAUAUGUUGAAAUCAGCUUAUCUGCACUCACCGGAAGGUAGGAAAAGAAUUCAGAACAUGAGUCAGAUGGGGCAGGAACUGAAUGCUUUGAAUCAGCUAGAGUUGGGACCAGUAAGGACGUUACUAUAUGGGGCUAUAGCUGGUGCUUGUGCUGAAGUUGCUACUUACCCAUUUGAAGUUGUGAGAAGACAGAUGCAAUUGCAAGUCCAGGCAAGCAAAAUGGGUGCAUUGGCAACUGGUGUGAGGAUUGUUGAGCAAGGAGGAGUUCCAGCACUCUAUGCUGGGCUAAUUCCCAGCUUGCUACAAGUGCUUCCUUCGGCUGCAAUAAGUUAUUUUGUAUACGAGUUUAUGAAGAUUGUUCUCAAAGUGAAUUGAAGAGAGACAACGGAUCCUCUCAGGAAAAGAAUUGCUAGGAUGUUGUACGGUGACUAUAAAAUGAGCGCGGCACAAAGAUUGAGAAUGAUAAGAAUUAGUCAUUUAAACUUAACAGUUACUGUUGAUGUUCACAUAUUUUUUGUACCUGACAAGAGAGAAAUGGAAAUCUUUAUAGACAUCUUAAGUUAAUUUCUUGAUUAUAGAUCCACCAUCCAAUUGCUGACCGAAUAUAAUUUAGUGGUUUUCAUUUCUAUCAUGUUUGCGGCGUAUCCUCCUUCAUAAGACCUGGACCUUGCUGAUGCAUUGAAACAUUUGCUAGGGACCUUGGGUGGUUGGAAGGGGAUGUAUAAUAACCGCUUUUGAUGAUGUCAUUUAUGAAUGACACACACUUGAUGCUUCCAAAUGAUUUGAAACAUUUGAUAAGAACGAUUUCAAAUAUGUGUCAUCAUCUUUGGGCAAAAAGAGAGAAAGAAGUCAGCCCCUCCUGUGGAAUUAGUAGAAUGUGUCACCAUCCACAUAAAUUCUCUGCUUAUAAAAUGGGAAAGAAACCCUCUUAACAUUCUUUUUUUGCACUCCUCGUCUAUGUUCAAAAUUUUGGUUCUGCCUCUGGCAUUUGAAGGUAUAUCUAAUCUAAUUAUAGCUGUCCAACUGCGCUCAACUGACUGGCAAGGGCUACAUGAUGCUUCCGUCUUGCGCAGUCUGGUAGCACAAUCUGUUACAUUCAUAAGAAAAAUAUAUGUUUGAAGUUCAGGAAAUGACUUGUAUUUGUUCAACUCUCGUAGUGUCAGAUGCCUAAUUUUAUAUGAUAUGCCAUCAAUCUUUGUACAAAGAAUGAUAAUCAGAUGCAAGCGCAUGGUCUUCUCCCUUACGAGUUUGAGACCAUGUAUGCAAAGGUGAAAAGCAAUGUUCCUAUAACAUACCCCGGUUUUAGGACUGGAGUUUUCUAUGUGGAGAACAAUGGUGGUCAACAGUAGGAUGAAACUGGACUUACAAUUGUGUUUGUGAAUGGUUUCAGUAGAUUAUCUUCACUUUAUUCAUUAAGAUGAGGGUUCAUAGGAAAUGGCUUGCUGGACCACGAGGCAAAUGGCUUUGAAUUAAAAGUUAAAAAAUUUCUCUCCGUUAAUGAAAAUACAAGAAAAAAAAAGGAUGUUUGUGUCAAUAGGGCUGUAAGGCGCAAGCGGUAGCACCAUGGUGCUUGUGCAAAUAGGAAUGCAGUGUAGUUAAAACUAUACCCUGCUGCUGAGUUAUUUUUUCUAGUGUCUAUAGGCUGUUGAGUAAUUUUUGACAGACACAAAAAAAAAAAAAAAAAAACGAAAAGAAGGUUUUUCUUUAAUAGAUUUCAUGGAAUUUAUGAUUCGUUACAUGGGCUCAAUCUUCAAUUAUUGUAUGAUUAAAACAACACCAUCUUAUUCCAAACAACGACUAAAAGCGACAGAAAAAAAAAAAAA